AUGUCGCAGUUGUUGAGAGUCAACAGCACCAAUCAUAUAUUCUCUUUUAAACCUCAAACACCUAUUGUAUUGAAUCCGAAGAAAGAGUACGAAUUAGCGCUUAGAUCAUUUCACUCCUACAAUUCCAUACCUAAUAUAGAAGAUGGCGAAAAAUUUUACUACUACGAUACCAAAAAUAAAUUACACGUAAUUGAGUUUCCUACCGGUAGCUAUGAAAUUACCGAUAUCGAGAGCUUUAUACGGAAAAAGAUGGGUCUGGAAAACUCCGUUGAUCCCGAUAGGGAUUUUUCAUUGAAACCUAAUAAUAAUACUCUUAAGUGUGAAAUUUUCACUUUCGACGGAGACAGACCUACUCACACGAUAUACGAAUUCGCUAUAAAAGUCGACCCUGGUUACAUAAUAGACGAAACACCUUCUAAUCUCUUAUAUUUAUCUGUAGUACCGCAACAAGAAAUUCAUAAUAUUACAGUGUUGGCUCUAGAUCAAGAAGACGUAACAUUAGCUCCCAAUUACGGAGCCUUCCUAUUCGAUUCCUGCGUCUACAGUGAUAUCGGAAAAGAACUUGAAACAGUACGAGAUCCUGGAAUAGUAAGCACAGUUCGAGCUUUAACCUGCUGUUCACCUGAAGAAUCAAAGCAUAUGUCCAUAGCAGGAUGGAAUUAUCCGACAGUACCUAUACUAUCUAGUGAUAAAUCCUUUAGUUUGUUAAUGCCUAUUUUUAACAUGUUCAACGACUACCCGUUGAUUACGUGCGGUCGACAAACUCUUCGAUUCGUUCGAGCUCGAAAUGAUAACGAUUGUGUGAUUAUAAAGGAGAAAACAGUAAGUGGUGCUCUAACAAAAACAUCAGUUAAAUUGGUUAUAGAAAGUAUCGAAUUGAGAAUCAAGCACAUCUAUCCCAGCGAUGAGGUUAAAGAGAAACUGCUUAAAUUCAUCUCAACAAAUCGCCCUAUAAUGAAAUGGUUCAGAAAAUGGGAGCUGCAUGAGCUACCGGCCCUUACUCCAAGUGCUAGAAGAGAAAUUUGGUCGGUUAAAAUCAGUACUAAAGUUGAACGACCUCGUUAUGUUAUUGUGUUUUUUCAAACUGAAAAACGUGACAAUAUACAAUCUGAUCCGACGACUUUCGAUCAUAUUUAUAUCCAAAGCAUCAGAUUAUCCUUAAACGGUGAUUACUAUCCCAAUGAACGAACACAACUUGACUUUGAUAACAAUCAUUUUACCGAAGCUCAUUUCAACUAUUCAGAAUUUCAACCUAGUUACACGAAAAACACUCAGAAGCGCAUUCUCCUGGACUAUUUGGCAUUUAAAAAUCGCGCUCUCUUUGUCAUAGAUUGCUCCAAACAAGAAGAAACCAUGAAAUCAGGUUCCGUUGAUGUAAAAUUAGACAUUGAGGCAAAUAAUGGAUUUCCCGAGAAUACCAAAGCAUACUGUAUUAUUAUUCAUGAUGUAUUAAUGGAAUACUCCCCUCUAACUGAGGUUCUUAAAAAUCUUUCGUGA